AUGUUUGGUGGUUCUUUUGCUCCCUCCUUUUUGAAAGAAUUGAACGUCGCUGCGCUGCGAGUAGAUGAAAAGUGUCCGUGUGUGAUGUGUUACAUUGUAUGUGGCACGCACCGUCCAGAUGUAUUUAACGCAAAUACCUGCCGUCGCUGCCAGCCAGUGAACGUCUAUGGGAUACCGUACUCCCCGAGCAUCACAACGCAAAUGAAGGCGAGUGCUAUUUCAUACGGAUGCAUAAACAGGCUCAUUUGGUUAGCCACAAAGCUCGCAAAUAAGCACGGCAUUUGUCUCUGCAGUGGUGUGAGGCCGUUCACCUUCUGUUCUGAAGGUAUUCUCUUAUCUUGUGAACAUUGCUAUGACCAAUGA